AUGGGCGGAUCACCGUCGGGGCACCUUCGUAACCAAAGAAAGAAGGACUCCUUCACAGGAUCAAAAACCCCCGUAUUACCAAAUUGUGAAGACAACACCACAGCAUUCUCUAUCGCCGUAUCAGGAAAGACGGAUCACAUCUUUCGAGAUCGGGGAUGGGAAUCCUCUAGCGCUUUUACGAGAGCCGGAAGCUCAACGACCGGGAUAAGGGAGGAGCGCACGAGAGGGAGAUUGCUUACGGGUGUGUGCAAGGUUCGAUCCUGGGAAAGGACGAGUCUUUCUUCUGGUUGCUGGAUCUCCGGCAUAAGCUUUCUGAUUCUGAUGAGCCCAGCCCAUUUAACGCGGGCCCUCCAUUAUGAAUGCGGAAGCGCUACUUAG